AUGGAAUGCAUAAAUUGCCGCAACACAGAAUUUUUUGAGCAUUCUUCUGGCUAUUUAGUUUGCACCAUUUGUUUUACUCAAGCUCCAAGAUUUAACACUUUAGUGGAUGAAACCUUUUAUUCAGCUACUCCAACCCCUCUUAAACGUAAAGUGAAAUACGCUACACAAAAAUCAUCGAAAAUAAAAGAUACAGAUUACAGUAAUUUUUAUAUAGAAUUAUCAUGGUUUGAAUAUACACAAGCUUAUAUUCUUUUUUUAUUUACCAUUUAUAUAGCAUAGACAAUGUUAUUUUAAUUUUACUUACUCCCCCCCCCCCCCUCCGUGAGCGAACAAAAAAAUUUUGUUCGCUCACGGAGGGGGGUUAAUUUUUUUUUUUUAAAAAAAUUUAUAUAUAAAAUUUUAUAAAAAAUAUUUUUUUCGAAAUUUAAAAAAAUCCUAAUUUGCAAAAAUUGGGAAGCAAAUAUUAAUUUAAUUUGCAAAAUUUAUGUUUUAAAACGCAAUUUGUUUAAAAUUAAACAGAAUUAGCUCUAGAUUUCAUUAUACUAAUUAUCACUUAUAUAUAUCAAAAUUUUUUUCCAUUAAAAUUUUUUCUAUUAAAAAAAUUUUUGUUCACUCACGGAGGGUGGGUUUUUGGUCAAAAAAUGGCGAUUUUUCUAAUGGUUUUGUUCGCUCACGGAGGGGGGGGGGGAGUUAUAAAACUGUCUUAAUUUUUAUAGAUUCCUAAUGCUAUAUUAUUUAAAAUACAAUAAAUCGCUAAUAGAAAUCAUGCUAACUGCCCUAAUAAAAAACAAAAAUCUCAAACAGGAACUCAAAAGCAAUGCUAACAUAAUUUGAGAAAAAAUUUUAGAAAAAUUAGAAAAUCGAGAGGUUAGGCCUAAAAACAGAAGAAAAAGAGAUCGAGAAAAGCCUAAUAAAUAUACAAAGACAGAAAUAUUAUUUGACAAAAAAGUCAGACAGGAAAUCGAAAAAGUGUGUGGAAAAGGCCGCAAAGGAAGACGGCCAGACAGAUUUGCUGAUGGGGUUUCCACACGAACCUUAAUAAAUGAAUGCAAUAAAAGACGCCUUGACCCUAAGAACUUUGACAAUGAGCUAAAUAUCAGGGAUAAGGCAAGUAUCUUAAUCUAUAUCUACGAAGAAAUGAAAAGAUCUUACCCAGUCGUUUUUGAAAAAAUCGCUGAAGAAACAAAAAUUGAAAAUAAAUUGGUAAAAACUUUUGAAGAGCUCAACAAAGAGCACUCAACAACAACUAAAGGCCUUUCAUUGAAAACUCCGAUAGAGUUGAGUAAUAUUUUGAUUAUUGCUUAUAUAGCAAUGCUUUAUACUUAUGCUGAAAAUUCAGCUGUUUUUGUGACUGAUAUAUUGGAGGCUGCUUAUGAUGGGACUUUACCAUAUUUUACAUCAUACCAGGAAUUAUACUUUUUAAAAUAACAAAAGUUUCUAUAGAAAAGCCAAAAUUUUAUAUAAAAAAUUUUUUAAUUAUUGAUCAUCGCAUAGAUAUUCCAGAAAAAUUUUGUUCAUUAUUCCGCCCUCUCAGCCUUCCAAGUGAGCACUGAAUUCGACUAACUCUAAUUGAAUACCAGCAAAAAUACGAUGUUGAUGUAAUCUCAACUUUCAGAUCAUAUGACACCUUUGCGUUCAAUCUUGCUAUAGCUGAAUGCAAAAGGCUGAGUCUUCCUUCAGAGUUUUCUCAAUUAUCCUAUAAACUAUAUAAAAAGUUUUCAGAAGAAUUCAAUACAGAGUGCUUUAUCCAUACAUUAGCAGUAUAAUUUAUACAGGAAGUCCUUAUAGCAGGAUGCGUAUUUUUAGUUAUCAAAUUGAUAUAUGGGCUAAAUGAUCUGCCUUACUCUAUAGAAGUUUAUAAAGACAGCAGUGACGCUUUUGACGCAAAUACAGCUGAAAAAAUGAAGGAAAACCAAGAUGAGUUAGCCCGAAAAAUAAGCAGCUUUCCAAGCUUGCAAAGGCUGUUUAUGCUGUGGCAGGAUGAAAUAAAUGAGAAAACUCAUGCAAAUCAAGUUUUUAAUUUAACUGAAGAAAAUUUACAAAAUUAUUAUUCACAUUUACAGCUAGCGCUGGAUUACAAGCCAAACCCUGUGUUGGAGGUAAAAAGCAUAAAAAGUGAAGGAAAGAAUUAUUUUCCUAUAAAAGUCUUAGAAAAGCCUAAAUCACUAUGCAAUUCAUUUUUAAAAGAAGAAAUUCAGCAUCAUUUUUCAGAAAAUCCAGAAUAUCCACUGCCAUGCUGCGAUUUUAUUGUCCAGAAGAAAAAAAAAGCUGAAAAGCAAUACCCAUCAGAGUAUAUAUACGCUUUACAUUGUGUUGCAAAGCUGGGAGGGAAUUUUCACACAAAGCAAUUGCAUAAUGUUGUAGAUAAGUUAGAAAGGAUUAUUUUCAAAAUAGACUAA